ACGUUGACAUUCCUAUUUUCCCAUUCCUAAUUUUUACUUAUGUGCCAGAUAACAUGCUUGUCCGCAGUGUGACCAUAGCUCAUAAGCAAAAAGGCCAAAUUUUUCAAGUAAAUGCCAAGCUGUUUGUUUUGUAAAGAGCGGUAACAUUUACAGCUACAUUGUUGAAAUUUACUGGCGCCCAAAUUGUUGAGUUGAGCGUGAUAUUCGUAAGGAACGCGACAAGAAAUUCAUAAAUGAGCAGCGAAAGCGAGGAAUACUAUAGCGAUGAAGAAGACGAUGUCGUUAGCAAUACAACGUCAGGACGCUCAAGUCGCAGCAGCGGUAACGCUGCCCGUGCCACAGGUACCAGUCGCUACAGUGGUGCUAGCAAUGUGACUGUCGCGGAUUCGGAUACGAACUCGGACGACUCUAGCAUUAAACAACCAAAACGAAGGGGACAAAAGGGAGCAGCACGCGGCAAAGCUGUGAUUUACUCCGACAGCGAUGAGGAGGAUGAGUUGGAUCAGCGCGCAUUGUCGCCGCGCACGCGCAUGAGCAUUACAGGUGUUCGACCGGACGAUCUAAGUGAUGGCUCCAGCGAGAUAGACUACAGCGACGAGGAGAGGGAACAGCCGCAGCAGAAACAGCAGUCGAAGCAAGAGAUAAGCAAUAGUAGCAUAAGCAUACAUGAAACUGAUGCGACUUUCGAUGAAGAUGCCGAACGGGAACAGGCGGUUGCGGAUCGUUAUCGUCGGGCCACAGAUGCUAAUAUGCCAUCGCCGCGUUAUAGUACGCAAUUUAUAAGCAGCAUUGAGGAAACGUUGCACUCGACACUGUUUCCCAUUGCUCACCAACAGCAGCUACCCAAGUCGCCCACACACGAUUCUUCGGGCAGCGAUGUGCUUAUUUUGAGUAAUAAGGAGACGCCGAUAGAAAUAUCUAGCAGCACCGACGACAGUUUCAACAAGGAAAAUGAACUGGAGCCGUCAACGUCCGCUUCGAAUCGCAGAACCCGCAGCUUUUCGCCACGCAGUAGCUCUGAAGCCCCAAGAGUACGAUCAGGCAACAAUUUAAUACAGCCCACAAUUAAGGCGGCUAUUAAGAAGCCUCCGGCGAACCGUGCGAGUAUCCAAGGUCAGCAGGUGACGCGUGAAUUCUUUGAAAAGGAGCUACGCAAAAUGUCCGAAAUGGGCGUUCAGCUAAACGAGGCAGAAAGGCUGUAUGAGAAGGUUGCCCACAAGCUGCCCGAUAAGGGCACUCAGAUAAAGAAGCGGAUUGAAGUACUGCGUCAGGAUAUUGAAAUCAAAAAUAAAUAUCUAAAUGGUCUCACCGUAGUGAAGGACAAUCCCCAAAUAAAGGUCUCACAGCCACGGGCUAUCAAUGCACGUCAACUCCAAGGCGAAGCGCCUAACUGGGAUCAGCUGUCUGCAGCAGUCAACCAAAUUCAGCCCACGCACACUGGUGCCAAGGGCUUGGCCACGUUCAAUGCCAUGAAAGCCCUUACAAUAGAUUCCCUCAAGGAUUUGCACGGCUCAUUGAAAGGGUGUCCGGCGGAUAAUGUGCUUGCCGAUGACCCAAAAGGCUUGAAGGUAAAGCUGAUGGAUCACCAGAGGCAUGCGCUCGCCUGGAUGUUCUGGCGCGAGACGCAGCGUCCACGUGGAGGCAUUUUGGCUGAUGACAUGGGUCUUGGCAAGACGUUAACAAUGAUAUCCCUGGUGCUCGCUUGUAAAAAUAAGCAGGAAAGCGGCGCUGGCGCCGAAUCUGCUAGCAGUGACGAAGACGAAGAUCCUGGCAAGAAGCGAAAGAGCACAGGUGGCUGGACAUCCAAGGGGCGCAAGGAUCAUUAUAAGGGCGGCACCCUGGUGGUCUGCCCCGCGAGCUUGCUGCGCCAGUGGGAGGGCGAGGUUGCCUCCAAGCUGUCACGUCAUAAACUCACGGUCUGCGUUCAUCAUGGCAACAAUCGUGAGUCAAAGGGCAAACAUCUGCGAACCUACGACAUCGUGGUAACCACUUACAACAUUGUUGCCCGGGAGAACAAAGCCAAUGGAGCGCUAAGUGGCGUCAAGUGGCGUCGCAUCAUCUUGGAUGAGGCGCAUGUGGUGCGCAAUCACAAGGCGCAGUCAUCGAUGGCAGUCAGUGAGCUACGUGGCAAAUAUCGCUGGGCUCUGACGGGUACUCCGAUCCAGAAUAAGGAACUGGAUGUCUAUGCGCUGCUGAAGUUCUUGCGGUGCUCGCCCUUUGAUGAUCUGGCCACGUGGAAGAAAUGGAUCGAUAACAAGAGUGCCGGCGGACAGGAUCGCCUUAAUUUGUUGAUGAAGUCCAUUAUGCUGAGACGGACCAAGGUGCAGUUGCAGCUGGAUGGCAAGCUUAACAGUUUGCCCAAUAAGGAAAUUCGUUUGAUUGAAAUGAAUCUUGAUAAGGAUGAGAUGAAUGUCUAUCAGAAAGUUUUGGCCUUUUCGCAAACGCUGUUCGCUCAGUUUCUGUUUCAGCGUGCGGAGAAGGAUUCGGAUGCCAAUUUUAUCAGCGAUGCACGCAAGCCUACCUACAACCAGAUCAAGGAUCCGAAUGGCGCCUACUAUAAAAUGCAUGAGAAAUUCUCUCGCAUGGCUGGCCACAACAAGGAGGUGCGGUCCCACGAGAUUCUGGUGCUGCUGUUGCGUCUCCGGCAGAUAUGCUGUCAUCCUGGUCUUAUAGACGCGAUGCUGGAAGAGGAGGGCACUGGCAAAAUGGACGAUGAGAGCGAUAGCUAUACACCAGAAAUAGAUUUGUUGGCCCAGCUCAACAAGAUGACCAUUAACGAUAGCGCCAGUUCUACUGGCUCACGUCAUUCCGGCCAGGACGGACGCAGCGGCGAUGAUUUACGUAUUGCCAAGGCCUCGCAGAAUGUGCUGAAGCGCAGCAAUCCAGUAUUCAACCUUAAGCGUCCGUCAACCAAAUUGCUGAAAGUGUUAGAGAUAUUGAAGACGAACGUGCUGCAGAAGAACGACAAAGCUAUCGUUGUGUCCCAAUGGACAUCGGUGUUGGACAUUUUGCGUGAACUGCUAGAGAAGGAGGGCUUAAAGGCCUUAUCCUUAAAUGGCAGUAUUCCCGUCAAGAAUCGGCAGGAUAUUGUUAACGAAUUUAACGAUCCAGGCAACUCUAAACGCAUUCUCUUGCUCUCUCUAACGGCUGGCGGCGUUGGCCUCAACUUGAUUGGUGCCAAUCAUUUGGUAUUGCUCGAUCUGCACUGGAAUCCACAGUUGGAGGCACAGGCACAGGAUCGCAUCUAUCGUGUUGGUCAAAAAAAGGAUGUUGUCAUCUACAAGAUUGUCUGCAUGGACACCGUCGAGCAGCGCAUCAAAGCACUGCAGGACCGCAAGCUGGAACUGGCCGAAGGUGUGCUAACGGGCAAGGUUAGCACCAAGCUAUCCAUUGAUGAUCUCAAGGGUCUCUUUGGCAUGUGAAACAGACGCUGGGCAAGAAAAACUGAAAAUCCACAAAACUCGCGUCAAACGUUUUUACUUUUAAUUUUAUUCAAUUGAAACUUUUAUUUUUGAAGCAUUUGAAAUUUGUUUAUGAUCUUUGCAUUUAGGCCUAAGCUACGAUACAAUUUGUGAGUUGCAUUUAAAUUGUAAUUUAAUUGCUUAAUGUUUAAUUGUUUAAUUGAUUUACUUAGUCAGAUGAAAGCCAAUUGUUUUAUUUAUGCAAAUACAAAAAAAAAAAAAA